AUGAGAGAUCAAAGCCUACAGUGGGACGGCCGCUUCUUUGAUCCGGAGAACUCGACAGAAAAAUGGGAUGAGCUACAUGGCGUGUGGAAGCCCUUUGGCCCGUUCGAAAGAGCACUGGACUACUUCGGAGACGGCAGUUUCUGGAUCCUCGAUGCACCUGGCCAUAUGCCUGGUAACUUGGCUGCUGCUGCAAGGCUGCAAGAUGGCGAGUGGGUAAUACUUGGCAGCGAUUGCUGUCAUUCGCGGGAUUUGCUGGACGGCACGCGAACAAUUGCGGAGUUCCAAGGCCCAGGGGCAGUGAGCAUGUCACUGCAUACAGACCUUUCUUCAGCGAAAGAAACCAUCGCUAAGAUAGGACUGCUUGAAACCAAUUUUGGUGCUCAUACAGCGCUCGCACACGAUGCUAGCUGGCUGAAGAAGGGCACGGACCAGGUGCUCAUGUCACUGCUGGACGACGAGAUGCGAGUUGCAGCCCAGGAAAAGAUACCAUAUGAUGAGAUACCGUAG